CGGAAAGCGCGCUCUUUCCCCUCGCUAGCUUAACACUGGUUGUGAUGUUAGCCUGUUUUCUUGGAUACUCCUAGCGCUUAUCACACUUUCCUGGUAAUUGCAUCAAGCCCCCCUCGGGAAACCAUGGCCGAGCAGGCCUCGGAACCCCCUCUGUCGUCCCAACAUGACGAGGUGCUCCAGCAGCGAGUGGCAGCUCUGGAGCAGGAGAGGGCCGAGUUCAUCAAACUCAAGCAGCAGCUGGAGGCCGAGUUCAACCAGAAGCGAGCCAAGUUCAAAGAGCUCUACCUGUCCAAGGAAGAGGAGCUGAAGAGACAGACAGCAACGCUGGAGGCCGCCCAGGUUGAGCUGAGCUCCGUCCAGGCCCAGCUGUCUCAGGCCCAGUCCGAGAUAGAGACCAUCAAAGCAGUGGCCACCGUGUCGGAAAACACCAAGCAGGAAGCCAUCGACCAGGUCCGAAGCCAGUGGCAGGAGGAGGUGGCCUCACUGCAGGCCAUCAUGAAAGAAACAGUGUGUGAGUAUGAGGUCCAGUUCCACCAGCGACUGGAGCAGGAGCGAGCCCAGUGGAACCAGUACCGGGAGGCAGUGGAGAGGGAACUGGGUGAGCUGAGACGCCGCCUCACCGAGGGCCAGGAGGAGGAGAACCUGGAGGACGAGAUGAAAAAAGCCCAGGAGGACGCAGAGAAGCUGCGUUCAGUGGUGAUGCCCAUGGAGCAGGAGAUCGCAGCCCUGAAAGCCAAGCUGACUACAGCCGAGGACAGGGUGAAGGAGCUGGAGGCCUCUAAGGUCAAGGAGCUCAAUCACGUUCUUGAGGCUGAGAAGUCGUGUCGUACAGACCUGGAGAUGUAUGUGGCCGUGUUGAACACUCAGAAGUCUGUUCUGCAGGAAGAUGCAGAGAAACUACGGAAAGAGCUCCACGAUGUGUGUCACAAGCUGGAGUUGGAGCGGCAGCAGCACAACCAGCUGAAACACACGUGGCAGAGAGCCAACGACCAGUUCCUGGAGUCCCAACGCCUCCUCAUGAGGGACAUGCAGAGGAUAGAGAGCGUGCUGUCGUCAGAACAGCUCCGCCAGGUGGAGGAGAUAAAGAAGAAAGACCAGGAGGAGGAUGAAAAAGAGAGGCUGAGCCAAGUGAAGGAGCUGCACGAGGAGGAUGCGGGAGACAACACCGAGCCUUUGGAGGAUUUAUUCCUCGGGCUGAGCGUCGAGGAGCCCCAUGCCAACCACAGCGCCCACGGCUCUAUGCACUCCUUAGACACUGAUGUGGUAGGAGUGAGCCCCAUGGACCCCUACAAGGACAACCUGCGGAGAGCUCAGUCAACAGACAGCCUCGGUUCCUCGCUGUCUGUCCAGCAGGGCCUUGGCGGCCACAACCACAAAGCCAAGUCGGCCAGCCACUUGGACGAGUCUGACUUUGGGCCCUUGGUGGGGGCCGACUGCGGGGUGACAGACAGUAGUUUUGGUGAAACUUCGUCCAUCAGCUCCAUCAAGCUGACGGGGAGUCAUUUCCUGCUGACUAAAGACCAGGAGAAGGCCAUCAAAGCCAUGACGCCUGAGCAGGAGGAGACGGCGUCGCUGCUGUCAAGCAUCUCACACGCCACCGACACCGCCUAUUUACCGGCUGCAGGCUACAGACUGGUCAGCGACAGCGAGUGGAACCUGCUGCAGCAAGAGGUGAAAAAUGCUGGCAGGAAGCUCGGGCGACGUUGUGAUAUGUGCUCCAACUACGAGAAGCAGCUGCAGGCCAUCCAGGGGCAAGAGGCUGAGACACGAGAUCAGGUGAAGAAACUGCAGGUGAUGCUACGUCAGGCCAAUGAUCAGCUUGAGAGGACGAUGACUGAGAAACAGAAUUUGGAAGAUUCCGUCAAAUUAGGCAACGAGGAAACCGCUGCUAAGGUGUCCGCCCUCCUGCAAAGAGUCCAGGAGUCAGAAACGCUGCUCAGCACACUACAACAGGCCUUCAGUGACGCUAAGAGGAACACACAGGAACAGAUGGCGGUGCUGGUGAAGUCGAGGGAGCAGGUGGCAGAUGAACUAAGCCGACUGCAGAGAGACAACGAGAGCCUGCAGGGAAAACACAGGCUGCACGUAGAACUACAGCAACAAGAGGACUUCCAGAUGCCCAAUACUUUUCAAGAGCUACAUGGCCUGGUGUUGAGGCUGCGUGAGGACCUGGUGACGUUACGGACGUCUGCUGAUCACAUGGAGGAGAAGCUGAAAGCUGAGAUUCUGUUUCUGAAGGAGCAGAUCCAGGCGGAGCAGUGUCUGAAGGAAAACCUGGAGGACACUCUGCAGCUGGAGAUCGAGGGCUGUAAGGAGGAGAUAGACAUCUUGGAAGCAUCUUUCUCCAGUCUGAAGACUGAGCUGGAGCGAAUAAAAGCGGAGAAGGAGCAGUUGAAGAGCAGUCUAGCAGAGAAGACUGAGACACUGGAGAGCAUCCAGGGCCUGAGGAUCAGCCUGGAGCAGCAGCUCAAAGAGCUUACCACUGCAAAGAGUGCACUAGAGAGUCAGGUCUUUGAUGAGAAAGACAAAGCUCAGCGGCUGCAAACAGAGCUGGAUGUCAGCGAGCAGGUUCAGAAGGACUUUGUCAAACUUUCUCAGACCCUUCAGGUACAGUUGGAGCGAAUACGACAGGCAGACUCCUUGGAUCGAAUCAAAGUCAUCCUCAAUGACACCAACUUCACUGACAUCAACCAGCUUCCAGACACAUGAUACCACUGAAUGAAAACUGCCUUCAGUUUUAUUCCCCUCUUUCUCUUAUAACAUUAUUGAUCUGACCCUUCCUCCUCCCCAUAACCACCGAGGAAGAGUUUGAAGGGACAAGGACAGACACGGCGUGAGGAGCCUUUUGUGUACAUUAAGAGUCUUGGAAGAUGGAUAGAAUAAUGAAGAAGAACACUACUAAAAAAAAAAAAAUGUAAAUAACUAAAUGUGUGACUCUGGACGAAGGGAGUGGAAGUCUGUCUGUGUCUUGUUUCUACUGUAGAUAUGAUAUGUCUGUAUUAGCUCAACCAAAAAAGGUUUGUCGUCUUCUAAAGCACUUUUCAUCUGCAACUUCUCUUUCCAGGUAAAUAGAAAACAAAUGGAUGCAUAACUUUUCUCCUUCUGCUCUCAAAGCGGUUGAUAAUCGCUUCCUUGUUCCACUCGCUUGUUCUUUUCCUGUGUUGUUUUUCCUCCCUUUUUCUGGCUAUUUUUCUGUGACAUUUUCCACCUUGUCCUGGUCAUUUCAACCUUGUGUGUAUCCUAUGACAAAAACACGAUGAAGGAAAUUCAUGGAAAAUACUUGCACAUAACUUAACUGGGAUAAAAAAAAAAGGAACAUAACACAAUUUGAGCAAUACCCUCCAUUUCUUAAACAUCAUCUACUGUGUCUUGCUUCGUUCUUGUUCUUAACAUUUGACAGAAGCCUUUUUUUUAAGAUGCAGAAAUUCAGUAAAGAAGCAUUCAGUCAUGUUCAAACUUUUCAACUUCACACUUUUUUCUUGAUCGUCAAGGAAUGAAUGAAUUUUAAUGCACACUUUGCUCCAUUUUAUUGAUUGCCUUUUUGAAUUGACCUUGGUUGGACUUUCUUAAUGUAAUUCUGAAGCUCUUAAAUCAUGGUGGGCGACUUUUAAAUUAUAAUGGAAGAGCACACUACCACAACACUGGCACAAGGUGUUUCUCUUCUGUCGCAGCAGAUGCAGUAGCUGGUAGGAGGACGCCUUAUUUAGGGACGCUUCUGGAUGGUGGGAGAAAAACUAGCCUCGAACUAACAAGCCGCCCAGCUCCUCCCUGAGAGGUGAAGAGUGAAUUCUUUGCAAACUUUUUACUGUCUGACUGGGAAAUUCGGUGGGUAAAAUCUCAACUAAAGUACAGCUGACUUUUCAUUUUUUUUAGUGUGUCUACAAGCAAGGAAACGUUCAUUCAUCACUACGAGAAAUUCUGCUAUGUGAAGCUACUAUGGGAUUUAUUAAUAUAUCACUUUAAGGAUGUCAGUGCGUUAGAAGCAAACCAUGAAUGAUCCGAUAUGUGGUGGUGGAAAAAAAUUUGUAAAAAGAGGAAACAUUAAAUGGAACAUCCUGAAGACUUUGCAACUGCAUCAGUCGCCAAAGUCACUAAAAAAAAACUGUUGUACAAGAAUUCACUAACUGUUACAUGACUAAAACUGCCAGUAUGCUUCAUCAGAACUGCUUAUCGGAUGGUCGAAUAGUUUCAGAAACCACCUCAACUUCACAGUCAGGGGUGGGGCCUGUGUCCAACCAUUUCUGUAACUUCCUGAAUCCGACAUUCACACUCACAGCUGCGAGGAGUGAGAAAGGAGCCAGGGUUUGAACUUCUCUCUCAGCUCUCUUGACACAACUAUUUGUCAUUUUAUUUUUUUUUUUUUUUUUUUUUAAUGUGAGCAACUGAGUAAAAAACCAUGAAUGUCUGAAAAUGUUCACCGUCAUCCUCAUAUUCAAACAAUUAUCAUGUUUCCCGCCUCGCUAAGACGGCCGGCUUUUCACCCCGUCUUUAAGCGUGGCCAUUCAGAACAAUAUACUUUUUACAAAUGGCUUCGCUCAAAAGAACUCACAAAUCUUUUUACUCUCGACACAAUAAAUCGUACAAAUGGAGAUAACGGCGCGCAUUUUCAGAGUCUCUCAUCGAUGGCACUCAUGGUGUUGCACUCGGUUGUUCACAUGGAAAGUGACAGGUAGUGUGAACGACAAAAGAGAGCUUGACCCCGGCUACUUUCACACCUCCACACACCUGGUCAGUGGCUGCGCCAAGAGGGUGUGAUUGUCCGAUUGUCUGUUCAUGGAAAGUUGUAAGAGUUGUCGGAUGCAACCCAACUGAUGAUGCAGACUCAAGACGCUGUUAGACAAUCCGACAAGCGUUUCAUUAGAAGCAUACCGAGGCCUUCGCCCAUACUAAAAAUGUAAUAAUCCAUAUUUAAUCCAGGCAGUUUGAUUAAGCGUAGGAUUUUAACCACAGUAAGGGUGGGAGAGGCAGGAUUACACAGGUGGCAUUCAUUAAGCAGCUACACUGAGACUCUUGGUGCGUCAGUGUUUUUUAAGUGUAAGACAUUCUUCCCCAAAACCUAUUUUUUCUAAUGGAAUAAAUAAAUGCAACAAUAUUAAUAGGAAGUUUUAUGGGUUGGCAUGAUUCUUAAGUAUGUGGCUUCAUGUACUGUCAGGUUUUAUUACAUAUUUGAAAACUUUACACAAGUUACAAGUUAUUACACAACCCAAGAGGUGGUACAUUGUCAUCUGCUACACUCCCACAUUUGUAAUGUUCAGGCUGCCACUGUGUCUCAGCGCUCUAUGAUGUUGUCAAAAUGAGCACAGAGGAAUAUGAUUUUAAGUAUUAAUAGUUAUACAGACUACUAUCGCUGAUAAGAGUGGAAAAUAACUCAAAAAAUGGUUAAAAAUAAUUGUCACAAUAGGACUGGGAAGAGUGCAACAACCAUCUUUCUAAUGUGCAGGCAGAGAAAAUAUAUUAAUAUUGAGAACCCCAAUUAAUAGUUUCAAUGAUUUAAAACUUGUAAGGAUGUAAACCAUUUCCCAGGAUUUGGCAGUCACGGUUUGAAUAAAGAUCGUGCCUCAAUGUUCUGCACUCACUUUGAAUGGCUGCACACACAAAGCUGCAAAUACGGACAAUAUGAGGCAGAAUGAAUUAUUUUCCACUGUAAAAAAUAUUUCCCAAAUGGAGGGAGGGAUUCUCUUUGCAUUGCGAUUAAAACAGCACACACUAUAUAUAAACAUGCAUACAGCAGCAUUGUAUGGUUUAAUUACAUGUUGAUCACUGUGUUUUUGACUUGCAUGUAUUGCAUUUCCUUAUGUUGCAUAUGUCUAUACUGUAGAUAUCUUGAGUUGAUAUUUAUGAUAGAGUCAUGCAGUGUGUUAUGAGAUGAUGUGGACGUGUGGGUGAGCCAGCCUGGGUUGCACUGACAUAAAACUGUGUUUGGCUUUGUAACUGUGUUUGGCUUGUAUGAUUGUGGGCUGAGCGCUUGUGUUCGGACACAUUACUGAGAACUGGUGAACUUAAAGUAGAAAUUUUACAGAAUACUGGACGUUAUUUUCUCCUAAGGCCUUAUUGCAUUAUUGGCUUGGUGUGUUUUCAUUUUAUUUGUGACAUUUAGUGUCCCUCUAAUUUAAUGUCUGUAUUACAGUAACAAAUUUGGCCCAUAUGGCAUUAAUAUGAGGAUUCCUCGGCAGUCUUAUCAGGCAUUCACUAAUUCGUUGUAGUCAUGUUUAAGAGUUGAUUUUUUAUUGAAUAAUUUCUGAUCUAACAUUGCUGGAUUAUUUGUUUAAAAUGUACAUUGAAUCCCAAAAAUGAUUUGAGUAGAUGUUAAAAUGAGAUGGUCAGGGUCUGAAAGCUCACACUGUGUUCUACCUACUACUUAGUUUUUAGUGUAAAGAGGAAGUCACGACAAAUAAAGUGCACCCAAAAGCCCAAAUUUGUUUGUGCAAUCUAAAUAUUAGGUAUAAUGAGUUGUUUUUGAGGAGUAUGACUGUGCUUUUUGUAAUUUCAACCCAUGUUUACUGACAAAUACACCUGUUUCACUACAGUCUUUAUAGUCACUAUACAUGUAAACUGAAAUUUCACAACCUCACAAUAUGUGUUAAGCUGUAAUUCACCGUCAGUUCUUGCAUCAUAAGCGGUGACAAUAAAUUAUUUUAAAAAAAGUCUUGUUUCCAAUAAAUCACAAUAUUAAACAUUUAACUAUUAACCAUUUAACAACAGAGAGUAACAUGCAGAUGUUUUGCACCUGGCCCAUAAUUAAUAUUUUGUUACCACUUAAUACUAACUCAAGAGUGCACAGUUUGAGCUUUCAGAGGCAGCUUUUAUCAUUAAUUUUAAUUGUGAUGAAUCAAAUCAUUAUCAUAUGUAUUUUACAAAAGAUCUGUACUAGGGUUAGACCGAUAUUCCCUUGUGCUGACAGUGAUGUUUAGCAAAAAUGAAAUGGCAUCUGGUUUAAAAUAACACUCCACACCCAGUUUGAUGGAGUUUAUACCUUUUUUUUGUUGUUUAAAUUAAUAAUAAAUCAGCUACAGGAGAUGCAAAAAUAACUGUAUAAGGAUACAUUUCGGCCGAGAUGUAAAUGCUGUUUCACAACAACAAGAAUAAAGUCUAAAAUACUUGUAAUUUGGGGGGCUUUUAUGCCAUAAAAAUGGUGCUUAUUGGCUGUUAGCACUCCAGAAAUGUCAGUAUUGACUUUCAAAACCCCAUAUCGGUCGAAUCCUUGUGUGUCUAAAAAUCCACUUGCUCCAUUUCAAACUGUAGGAAAGAAAAACUAACAAAAAAGGUGAAAUGUUGACAGGAAUUGUAAUUUUACUGAUUAACUGAGAGAGAGGCAUGAGCAGCACGCUGAAUAAUGAAUACGAUGACAUUUAAACAAUAUUUACCAUAAAGUUCUGCCCACUGAA